AUGCAGCCCUACCUGAUACUGGUUACUGACUCACCCACAGAGAUAUCUGUCACCCAUCUCUCUCUCUUCCUUUCUCCAUCCAUCUCUAUCAUUAACAGCACCAAGGAACGCCUGAUGGACUAUAUCAAGAACUAUAAGCCUGAGGUAAAGUCUGUGGUCCAGGCCAGAGUUCUGCUGGUGGGUCCGGUCGGGGCCGGCAAGUCCAGCUUUUUCAACUCUAUCAACUCUGUCUUCAAAGGACAUGUUACCGGUCAGGCUAACACCGGCAGCGCAGGCACCAGCCUCACCACACAGUUCCGUACCUACAGCAUCAAGGCAGAGCAGGGUGGGAAGGCUCUCCCUCUGGUCCUGUGUGACACCAUGGGCCUGGAGGAAGGACCCAGCGCAGGGCUGGAUAUAGACGACGUCAACGGUAUCCUGAAGGGCAAUGUACAGGACCGGUACCAGUUCAACCCGUCCAUGUCUGUCCAGACGGAUGGUGUUGCAUUCUGUAAGUCACCCAGCCUGAAGGACACGAUCCACUGUGUGGUCUACGUACUGGAUGCCUGCAAGUUCACUCUGCUCUCUGCCAAGAUGGUGGACAAGCUCGCCUCCAUCCGCAAGGGGAUCAACAAGCUGGGUGUUCCCCAGCUGGUCCUGCUUACCAAGGUGGAUGAGGCCUGUCCUCUAGUGAGAGAUGACCUGACCAACAUCUACCUGAGCCACUACAUAGAGAGGAUGACCCGUGAGGUGAGUGUGUGUCUGGGUGUGUCCCAGUCCUGUGUCCUGCCAGUGAAGAACUACAGUCGUGAGCUUGAGCUGGACGUCCACACAGACAUCCUCCUGCUCACUGCCGUGGUCCAGAUGCUUCGCUACUCUAACGGCUACUUUGAUGACAUCUAUCAGGCUGGGGACCAGAAGUCUGAGUGGCUAGGGUUGUAG